GUCUAGAAAGUCAGAGCCACAGAAGUGGCUGAUUGUUAGAGAUCCCUGACCAUCUCCUGACUCCCUCCCUCCCCUUGUGGACUCCUGUCUGCUCUGUGGACUCCCCAUCAUCAAAGACUCUCUGGCUCUCCUUGCCACAGAAGUCCCCUGGCAACCCUGAAGGGACAACCCUGAACAGCAAAAGUAAAGGGAAGAAGCGCCCCUCGAUCCACUCACCAGCCUGCCAAUGUUCCAGCUGAUAGCCACCCCUUCAAACGCUCUGGCAGACGAGCCUGUGUCCAUCCGAGCGACAGGCCUGCCUCCAUCGCAGAUAGUGACCAUCAAGGCAACACUGAAGGAUGAGAAGGAGAAUCUGUUCCAAUCCAAAGCCUUCUACCAGGCCAACGAGGCUGGCGAGGUGGACCUGGAGCAGGCAUCGGCUUUGGGGGGCGACUAUGUAGGGGUCCAUCCAAUGGGCCUCUUUUGGUCUCUGAAGCCCAAGAAGGUUUUUCAGAGGCUGAUAAAGAAAGAUAUGAACAGCCCCUUUUGCAUCACGCUGGACCUGUAUGACUCUGUUUGCUUGGUAGAUUCCGUCCCAACUCUACCCAAGGCCAGCCAGAUAGUACAGCGCUGGUUUGCUGGCCCUGGGGUUCAACGGGAGCAGAUCCGAGAAGGUCGGGUGCGCGGAGCCCUUUUUCUCCCUUCAGGAGAAGGUCCUUUCCCAGGAAUCAUUGACUUAUUUGGGAGUUUUGGGGGUCUAAUUGAAUUUCGUGCUGGUCUUCUGGCUUCCCACGGCUUUGCAGUGCUUGCAUUAGCGUAUUUUGCCUAUGAAGACCUGCCUGGAAAACUAGUGGAGGAGAACUUGGAUUAUUUUGAGGAAGCUGCCAAUUUCCUGCUAGCUCAUCCCAAGAUCCAACGGCCAGGAAUUGGUGUGAUCGCCGUGAGCAAAGGUGCAGAGAUUGCGCUGGCCAUGGCCUGCUACCUGAAGCAGGUGGUUGCCACAGUCUGGAUAAAUGGGUCCAGCAUCAUUCUUGACAUUCCACUAAGAUACCGGGAUCUGGUGGUGACACCUGCCCAAGUGGCUCUAGAGCGUUCCCAAGUCCAUUUCUCAGGGGCUGUGCGCUUCCGUUAUGACACAGACCAUUUCUGGUUCAGUAAGCUGAACCCACAGAGUAUACUUCCCGUUGAAAAGGCUCAGGGGAAGAUCCUCUUCAUUGUAGGAGAGAAUGACGGAUGCGUGGACAGCAAGAUACAUGCACAGAGGGCCAUGGAACAACUCCGGAGCCAUAGGAGAAGCAAUGGAAGGAUGCUGUCAUACCCUGGGGCAGGUCACCUCAUAGAGCCGCCCUAUUCUCCUUUUUGCUUUGCGUCCUGGAACCCCGAAUUGGGUAGCGCCCUGCUUUGGGGAGGAGAUCCCGCUGCUCACGCAGCGGCCCAGGAACACUCCUGGAGAGAGAUCCGGAAGUUCUUCAGGCAACACCUCCCUCACUCUGGAAGCAAACUCUAAGCAAAUGUCAUGACCAUGCUGGGGCAGGGAGUGGGUUAGAGAGAGGUUGGAAUUAAUGUGAGGAUAAAAGCAUUAGUCAGGGAUUUGGGGAAUUAGUCAGGGGAGGGGAAUGACCAGGAAGGAUGGACAGCAUUCUCCCGGCUUUCUUACAUUCCCAUUCAUCCUAAUCAAAUUGGAAAUAAAUGAGACAUACGGGAAUCUGAGGCGUUUCUGACAAAUUUGUAUGUAGUUUGAAAUUUUAUAAAUUAAAUUUUAGUUUAUAUAUUGGAAUACACCAGUAUUCAGAAAUUGUGAUAUUCUUGCAAACUGAUAAACACUAUACUACACACAGAGACACACAGAUAGACACACACACAUACACACACAUUCAUAUCCCUAAUUAAGGAUUCAUUUGAUCUAGGUGUUUCCAAUCCACAUGAAAUCUCUAAAACUGCCAACAUCUUUCUAGCAGUACAUUCUCUGUUUAAACUAUUUUAACUUGGGUUUCAGAUGCUUGAAGUGAGCACUCUAGCCUACUAUUGAGGGGAAUGAUUUAUAAUAAGCCAGUCUGACUGCAUGACAGGCUUCAAAAGUGGCUUUGGACUGAACAGGCCUGAGUUUCCAUUUCUCGGAACAGGGAACUAUAGUCCAUGGAAACCACAUACAGUAACUCAAUAACCUUCCUGAAAACCAGAAACAAUAACUUAGGCAAGUCCCUAAGCAGUUGAACAAUCAAAGUGAAGGUUAAAAAAAAAAAAAAAAAGGCUUUGUCUAGCUAGUCAAAAUGAUACUUUGUUUUAGGUAAUCUUUUCUCCCUAAUUUCUGUACACUUUACUCUUUACUCCGAUAUUUUAAAUUCCUUAUCUAAUGCUUUCUAUAAUUUUCUCAUUGGGUUUGCAUUUAUAAGUCUUAAUCAUAAUUAACUGUUUAUCUUAUCUUUUAGACUAGGCCACAACAAUGAGCCUCAUUUCAAGUUGGUAUGGAUUUUAAUAAAAAUUCAAAGUUACAUUUUACUGUCUUACAAUUCAACCCUGCUUCAAAAUAAAUUUUAUAUAAUAAUAAAAUUUCAAAGUUAUAAAUAUCUAUUCAAAUUAAGUUGGUUUAUGUGUUGCUCAAAUAUAAUUUUAAGAUUGCUUUAUACUGUUCUGCUCAGGGGUUCAUUAUUACAUACAAAUUGUUUACCAAUAUUCUAAAUUAAGCUCUGUUAAUUUUAGAGGUAUUUACUUAUGUUAAAACUGGAUCAAUUAGCUGUUUCUCUACUAUCAAAAGGUUAAAAUAUGCUGGUUAAUUUUAAAAUUUGUUUUAUACUGUUCUGCUAAAUUGUUGGUUUUAAACUUAUAACUCAAGGGUUCGUUAUUAUUUAAACUUAUAACUCAAGGGUUGGUUAUUAUGUAAGAUGUUUACCAAUAUUCUAAAGUAAGCUCUAUUAACUUUAGAGGUAUUUAUUUAUGUUAAAAUUGGGUCAAUUUAUAGUAUCUCUGCUAUCAAAAGGUUAAUAUAAGCUUGGUCUUGUUCUCUUAAAAUGAUGUUAUUAAUCUGUAGUAUAACCUUAGAUUAUUAUAAGCUAUAAACUUUUAUAUACUAAAUCAUACAAAAAC